AAAAAAAAAAAAAAAAACUAAAAAAAAGAAAGACCUAGGAUUCUUAAUUGAACUCACCAGGCCUUUACUCAAAAAAAUAUAUAAAAAAAUCUUUAAAAAAACCCUUUUUUACACUUCGUCGAACAAUGUCCUCUCCUGUUGCUAACGUUGACGUCCAGGCCGCUGCUGCCCCUGCUGCCACUUCAGCUGCCCCUGUUGCUGCCAACCAUCUCAGCUUGGAGCAACAACAGCAGAUCGCUGCUGCUCAGGCCCAGGCUGCUGCUCAUUUCGCCCCUGUUCCUGCUGCUGCCCCAACUGCUUCAGCAUCUCUCUACAUCGGAGAGCUUGAUCCUUCUGUCAACGAGGCCAUGUUGUUCGAGAUGUUCAACUCUGUUGGACCUGUUGCCUCCAUCCGUGUCUGCCGCGAUGCUGUCACCAGACGUUCCCUUGGUUAUGCCUACGUUAACUUCCACAACGUUGCUGAUGGUGAGCGUGCUUUGGAAACCUUGAACUAUACAUUGAUCAAGAAUCGUCCUUGCCGUAUCAUGUGGUCUCAGCGUGACCCUGCUCUCCGUAAGACUGGUACUGGCAAUAUCUUCAUCAAGAACUUGGACGCCACUAUUGAUAACAAGGCCCUUCAUGAUACCUUCUCUGCUUUUGGAAACAUCUUGUCUUGCAAGGUCGCCACUGAAGAUGGUCAGUCCAAGGGUUACGGUUUCGUUCACUACGAGACUCAUGAGGCUGCUGAGAACGCUAUCAAGCACGUCAACGGCAUGUUGUUGAAUGAUAAGAAGGUCUAUGUCGGACAUCACAUUGCCAAGAAGGAGCGUCAGUCCAAGGUUGAGGAGAUGAAGGCCAACUUCACCAAUGUUUACAUUAAGAACUUGGAUCCCGAAAUUACUCAGGAUGAGGUUGAGGCCAUGUUCACAAAGUUCGGUCCCGUCACCUCCUGCGUUAUUUCAACUGACGAAAAUGGCCGCUCCAAGGGCUUCGGGUUCAUCAACUUUGAGAAUCACGAGGAUGCUAAACGUGCUGUUGAUGAGCUUCACGAUACUGAUUACAAGGACAAGAAGCUGUUCGUCACUCGUGCUCAGAAGAAGGGAGAGCGUGAGGAGGAGCUUAAGAAGCAGUACGAACAACAAAAGCUCGAGAAGCUCAGCAAGUACCAGGGUGUCAACUUGUAUGUCAAGAACUUGGAUGACGAUAUUGAUGAUGAGAGACUCCGUCAGGAGUUCCUUGUUUAUGGUACCAUUACCUCCGCGAAGGUCAUGCGUGAUGAGAAACUUUCUGCCGAUGGAGACGAAGUCGUGAAGGGACCUUCCAAGGGCUUUGGUUUCGUCUGCUUCUCUUCUCCUGAUGAGGCAACCAAGGCCGUUACUGAGAUGAACGGACGCAUGAUCGGCUCCAAGCCCAUUUAUGUCGCCCUCGCUCAGCGUAAGGAAGUUCGCAAGUCUCAGCUUGAGGCCCAGAUGGCUCAGCGCAACCAGCUUCGCAUGCAACAGAUCCCUGGUCAGAUGCCCGGCGGUAUCUACCCCCCUCAGCUCUACUACCCCGGCCCUGGUGGCUUCCCUCCACAGGGUGGUCGUGGCAUGGUCUACCCCGGACAGGCCGGAAUGGUUCCCCGUCCUCGCUGGGUUAACCCUGGCCAGCCUCAGAUGCAUCCCGGUGCCCCCAUGCCUGGUUACCCAAUGGGCCAGGGUUUCCCACCCAUGGGCCAGGGCCGCCCCCGCGGUCAGGGUCCCCGUGCUCAAUCUCAGCGUGGAGGCGCAGCCGGUCAGCCCGGUCGCCCCAUCCCUUCACAAGGACCCGCUGGUGCUCCUCGUGGCGUCCCCGGUGCGGGCCGUGGUGGUUAUACUCGCAACGCUGGUCAAGGCCGUGCUGCUAACGGCUCUGCUGCCGCUGCACCCGCUACCGAAGCCAAUGUUUUGACUGCUGCUGCUUUGGCUGCUGCCGAUCCCGAUCAGCAGAAGCAAAUGGUUGGUGAGCACCUGUACCCCAAGAUUGCCGCCCGUCAGCCCGACUAUGCUGGCAAGAUCACUGGCAUGUUGCUUGAGAUGGACAAUGGCGAGCUCUUGCAUCUUUUGGAGGACAAUGAGGCUUUGGAUGCCAAGAUUGAGGAGGCUAUCUCUGUUCUUAAGGCCCAUGAGGCUGAGGCCGAGAAGACUGCUUAAAAAAAAAAAAAAAAAAAAAAACAAGAA